AUGAAGCAAUACAUGUCCUGCACCAAGGGCUGUCUCUGGCUAAAGAUACAGCGCGCUGUGCUAUGGAUGAUUGUGGUCAACGGCAUGGUAUGGCACACGACGCAGACAGCACUGCUAUUCACUAUUGGACCGAGCGUCGAUGGCAACAAUCCCACGCGUAUAUUCGUCGCCAUCGAGAAAACUCAAAUGACCUUCUUUUGCGCGCAAGAAUCUGUCAUCUCAGAGCUGUACCUCUGGGGCACCAUCGAUAUCCUACAGACAUCACUAGGCAACAAGCAAAAGACGAUGUGGUAUCUCCUGAUCAUCAACCUCCUCAUCGUAGCCAUGGACAUAGCGCUCCUCAUCAUCAUGUACAAGGACCACUACACGAUAGAACAAGGCGUCAAACUCGUCAUCUACUCCAUCAAACUCAAGCUCGAGUUCGCUGUCCUGGGAAAACUAGUCAACGUUGCUCAUAGCCGCGGAGGAUCGAGUGUUUCCGAAACACAUCCAGCUCGAUUCGUCGCUCGGAAACAUGGAAGAAGUGACAAUCUCCCAGAAAUAGCACACCUUGAGAUCACAACUUCACGGAGGAUGGCCGAUGAUGAGGAGAGCAUGCGCCAUCUUUAUGACAAUGCCAUCAAGCAGAUAUACAAAGGGUGA